AUGUCUUCUGAGAAGCACCAGGCUGCGCUUCGCGACUCCGACAAGCCCAUGGACAACUUUGUCGAGGCCUCCAUCAUGAAGGGCGAUCCCGAGGAUGGCCUGGCCCGCGAGGGUGCUGAUUACUCCGGCGCCGUCAAGAAGACGAGCCCCGAGGAGAUUGCCCUUGUGCGCAAGCUCGACUGGCACAUCAUGCCCCACGCUGUGUUCCAUGCUAGACUUGACGGACUCGAAGAUGAUCUCGGUCUUGUUGGGAUCGCAGGUACAACACGUGCAUUUUCCAUCCUUUUCGUCGGGGUCAGUCUCAUGGACACAGUCAAAGACGCUUGCAAGAACCGGGCAUCGCUGACCUUCCCAACAGCUACCUCCUCAUGCAGGGUCCCCUCCAACAUGCUCAUGUCGUCCAAGUACGUCCGGCCGUCCAUCUACAUGGGCAUCUGCAUGAUGACCUGGGCCGUCGUCUCCGCCUGCACCGCCCUCGUCCACAACUACGCCGGCCUCGUGGCCGUCCGCUUCUUCCUCGGCAUCACCGAAGCCCCCUUCUACCCCGGCGCCCUGUACAUGCUGUCCAUCUUCUACACGCGCAAGGAGAUCGCCACGCGCCUCGCCAUUCUCUACUCGGGCAACAUCUUCGCCACGUCCUUCUCGGGCCUCAUCGCGGCCGCCGUAUACAACACGGUCAGCGGCAACCAUGGUCUCGCCGGCUGGAAGUGGCUCUUCAUCAUCGAGGGCUGCGUCACCUUUGGCGUCGCCAUCAUCGGCAUGUUCACCCUCGCCGACAGCCCGCUGACGACGCGCUGGCUCACGCCCGAGCAGCGCCAGCUCGCCCACGACCGCAUGCUGCGCGACACGGUCGGUCUCGAGGAGAGCAAGGGCGCCAAGGCCGGCUUCAUGCAGGCCGUGCGCGACCCGCGCCUCUGGGCCCUCUGUUUCAUCCAGAACAUGCACCUCAGCGCCUGUUCCUUCAACAACUUCUUCCCGACCGUCGUCGGCUCCCUCGGUUUCGACCGCACCAUGACCCUCGUCCUCACGUGCCCGCCCUACCUCGUGUCCGGCAUCUUCGGCUACCUCUGGGGCAUGUCGUCGGGCCGCUUCAACGAGCGCACCUGGCACAUCACCAUCGGCAUGGGCAUCGCCAUUGUCGGUUUUGUCAUCUCGUGCGCCACCAUGAACGUCGCCGCGCGCUACGUCUCGUGCUUCCUCUUCGCCGCCGGCGCCUACUCCAUCAACUCGAUGGUCCUCGGCUGGGUCUCGGCGACGCUGGGCCAGACCCAGGAGAAGAAGGCCGUCAGCCUGUCCAUCGUCAAUGUCGUCGCCAACGCCUCUUACAUUUACACGGCCUACCUCUACCCCAAGAGCGACGGCCCGCGCUACCUCACCGCCAUGGCGAGCAACGCCGCGUUCGCGUUUGCUUGCAUCGCCGGCACCUGGGCGCUGCGGUUCUGGCUUAUUCACGAGAACAAGAAGAUGGAUCGCGCGGGAAACACGUCGGGCAUGCGCUUUGCUUAUUAG